GACUGCGCUCUGACUCAACUUGGACUCAUCCUUCUCGGACGCCUGAGCCAGCGACACAUAAAAGCCUGCUACUACGUCUCUCCAUCGUAUACGAUCUCAACAUGGCACCCAAAACUGCACCGAAACUCACUGGGACGGAGCUCGUCCACGCCGAUGACGAACUAGUGCACGGCAGAGAGGUCGCGGCGUCCAUUUCAGUCACGACGACUUUCAGGGCUCCUUUACCCCCGGACAACACGCCUAUUAACACAGACAGCAUGGAUUUCCGCAGCCCGGAGAGGCAUGUCUACUCCCGCUAUACUCAGGAUGUCAGUACGCGUGCCGAAAGGGUUCUCAGUAAGAUUAACGGUGGACUUGCGUUGACGUACGCGUCCGGUCUAGCGGCUUCAUAUGCAGCGUUAGUGUAUUUCCACCCAAAGCGCAUCGCUAUUACGGGCGGAUAUCAUGGAUGCCAUAAUACCAUUGAGGUGUACAAGCACAGCCGAGGCGGCGAUCUUCCCCUCAUCGGUUUAGACGACGACUACCAACCGGGUGACCUCUGCUGGCUCGAAACACCUCUGAACCCUACCGGAGAAGCGAGAGAUAUCAAGUAUUAUGCUGAAAAAGCACAUGCUGCCGGUGCAAAAAUUAUAGUGGAUUCGACUUUCGCCCCACCACCCCUUCAGUAUCCAUUCAAAUGGGGCGCGGACAUGGUUAUGCACAGUGGAACGAAGUACUUUGGCGGACACUCGGAUCUGCUAUGCGGUGUCCUCAUCGUACCAACCGAGGCCGACUGGAAGACGUUAUGGACGCAUCGCACCUUCCUUGGGUCUAUGAUGGGGUCCCUCGAGUCGUGGCUGCUCCUGCGCUCCCUCCGUACGCUACACCUCCGCGUACCGCGCCAGUCGGAGAAUGCUAAGGGGCUGGCUCGCUGGUUAAGUCAGGCUGCUGGUGGCAAGGCUUUCGACGGGAUCCCUGCCGGUGUCAUUGACACCGUGUGGCACUCGAGUCUGCAGAAGAAGGACGGCCGAGGUUUUGAGCCCAGCGUUCAGCUGGAGGGGGGAUGGAACCCUACGUUCGCUAUUCUGUUGAAGGAUCCAGAGUAUGCUCGUCUACUUCCGCACUCGCUGGAAUACUUCGUACCUGCGACGAGUUUGGGAGGGGUUGAGUCCCUCAUUGAGCAGCGUAGCACGGUUGACCCUGGUGCGGACCCGAGAUUGGUUCGUAUCAGUUGCGGUGUUGAGGAUCUUGAGGAUAUGAAGAAGGACCUGCGGCGGGCGUUCCGGGAGAUCGUGAAGCCGAGGGCGAGACUCUGAAGGCUGUGUACAGACAGUAUCUUUGCCAAUGUACCUAUAUGAUGUAGCACUAGACUCGAAUGUGUUGUGUUGUUGCUCAAUUGUUGUUCUGUCCCAAUCAAAGAUACUUUCAGUGAGACACC